GAGCAGACCCGCCUAGCUGAACGCGGCUGUAUUUUGUUUCCGGCCACGUAUUUUAGCAGAAGACGCGGCCCGACUGUCAAAGUCCCAAUAGACGUGAUUGUGCGCGGGAUUUAUCGUCGUUACUGACCCAUUCCGAACCUAAUUAUGUCCAGUUGAUGCUGGCCAAGUGACGAAAGUGCUAGCGAGACGGACAACAUGGAGAAGGUGUGGUUGCUGGUGGCUGUGGCGGCGAGUGUGGUGGCCAGGGCGGCUGCGGUCGAGCUCACCUUCGAGCUCCCAGACAACGCCAAGGAGUGCUUUUACGAGGAGAUCGAGAAGGGAACGGAGUGCACGCUCGAGUAUCAGGUUGUCACGGGUGGACACUACGACGUUGAUGUCCUUGUUGAGGGACCUGCGCGACAAAUUUUGUACCGUGAAAUUAAGCAACAGUAUGGUCAGUUCCAGUUCACUCCAGACCAUACUGGGACAUAUCAGGUGUGCUUCAGUAAUGAGUUUUCAACCUUUAGUCACAAACUCAUCUACGUAGAUUUUCAAGUGGGCGAUGAGCCACAGCUUCCAGGCGUCGGGGAGCAUUUCACCGCCAUGACCCAGAUGGAGUCAUCUUCACAAAAGGUUCACGAGAACCUGAACUCUAUAAUAGAUUAUCAGACCCAUCACCGACUACAGGAGGCCCAGUCACGGAAAAGAGCCGAGGACCUUAACGAACGCGUCCUCUUCUGGGCUGUGGGGGAGACUUUGGGUAUUCUGGUCAUUGCAGUCGGCCAGGUCAUGAUACUGAAGAACUUCUUUGCAGACAAGAAGAGUAAUCAAGCUGCCUAUUAAUCUGACUGCAUUUAUCAGCAGUUUGUCUCCUUGCCACUUGAAGAGAUCAGCAUCCCUUUUCACCAUCAGGAAAGAACAAAUUGUUUUGUACAUUAAUGGAUUAUAAAGAUUUAUUUUUUUGUGAGAGGAUUUCUUAGUUAUUAUGGAGCACACACUUCUGUCAGCCCAAAUGUUGUUUUUACUUAGGAAAGAAAAGUUGUCUACUAAGAAGAAAAAAAAAUAUGAUUUCACUCAAUUGCAUAUUUUCUGAAUCAUGAUAAAUUUAAAUAUCAGUAGUAUUGUGAACAUGUGAGCAUUUAGUCAUUGUUAUCAAGCCUUCUUAUUCAUUAUUUUAUGCUGGAAAUUGGCAUGUUUGAACAUCGUUAUGGAUAUUGUAAAUCUCACGUUCAGGAAAUUCUAGUGUUAGUGUCUAAUUUCAUUGAAUUCUUGAAUGUAUUUUAAAAUGUAAACGUUGUAUAAUAAGAUUAUUGAGGAAUGACUUGGUCUUCUUGCUUUGCAAAUUUUAUAAUUAUAUUUUUAGCUGUUGAAGUGUUUAUAGAAUUAUUUGUUAUAGGUAAAAACAAAUUUGCAAAUAAAUUAAAAGUGACACAUCUACUGCCACAAACUUCUUUAAAUUUAGAUUCAUGGCAUGAGGACAGAUAUGCUCCAGAUUGAUCAGUUGCAUCAACUGUUACCAUCUCAUGUUAAUGCAAAAAUUAACUUUAAUCACUUGAUGCGAAUUAAUUAGAAAAAAAAGAAUCAUUGCAGUCACCUUCAGAAUAGAUCUCAAAAUACAGCAGAAAGAAGUCUUACGUAUAUAAUUAAAAUCUGUAUAGGGAAAUGCUUGAGUAUGGCAGAAAUAGCUUGUGUUUAGUUUGUCAUUUUGAGAGUACAUUUAUUUAGAUGCUUUCAGAUUAACAAUUUAGGUUUUGUCUAUCUGGAUGCAUGAGAUCUGUAUAUACAGAGUCAAAGUUAUAUUUGAAUGACAGGUUGAGCUGAAUGGGAUGACUGUUUUUUGUGCAUUUUGUAGGCACUGUUAAAUGCCAGACUCGAAAUCUGGUGUCAUGGAAGAUCUAUGCAAUCUUCCCUCUUUGCUGAAGAAAUGCGAGAGCAAAAGGUAAUUUCACAGGCAUUAUUUGAGUAUGUUAUUUUAUUUUUUUGAAGUCCGAAAUCAUGGAAUUGCAUUUUUACUUUCAAGUGUUUUCAAACUUUAACGGCAAGAUGUUGCAUUGUAUUCCACUGAUAACCAGAGAUGUGACACAUGCUUAAGAAUGAAACGACUUGCAUAUUGUGUGGCUUUAGAGUGUGAUGGUAAAUUAUUGUUUUUGUAUGUACUAUCUUAAUAAAAAGGAGUAUAAAUG